AUGGCAGAGAGGCUCAAGUCAAGAAGUAGUCCAAAUGCAGAACCUCAGCGAGCUAGCGCUCUUCCAAAUUAUGGAUUCAGUUUCAGAUGUGACCAAUGGGCGGAAAAAAGAAGAGAGUUGUAUUCGAAGCUUGAGGAAAAGAUUCAUGCGAAAGAAGAGGAAAAGAAUACCGUACAAGCCAUGUCCAAGAUUGUAUUGUAUGCUCUCUUGUUCGUUUUCAAGUAUCUUCUUAUUCGUUUAAAGUGUCUAGAUGCUCGGUCUUUCUCCUGUAAAAAUACUCUGGUUUACUUGCAGGAAACCCAAGAAGCUGAGCUUAAAAUGCUAAGGAAGAUUCUGAACUUCAAAGCCACCCCAAUGCCUAGCUUCUAUCAAGAACCUCAGGCUCCUAAAACAGAGUUAAAGAAGAUACCGAUAACAAGGCCAAAUUCUCCAAAACUCGGGAGAAAGAAGACAGAUUCCGAAGAAGCCAUUAGUUGUGAAAGGAACUCUACCCGUUGA